AUGGACAAUCUUAGGGAGUAUAAUGAAGAUGCUUCUAAGUGGUUGUUGGAAAAGCCAUUGUCUCAGUGGUGUCGAGCAUACUUUCUUCCUCAUUGCAAGAGGCCACAUCGGAAUGAGCAAGGAAGUCAGCAAUCAACUGCUGGAAAUGAACAACCAGAGACCACAUAUGAACAUUUUCAGGCUGGAAAUGAAGUGAAUGCGGCUGAUCUUUGGUAUUCUGGAGACAAUACUCGUAGGUCUAACACGCGAUAUGCAAACCUUGCUGGGUUGGCAGCUCGUGUACUUUAUCCACAUCAAACAUCUGAAGCUGGAACUAGUAACCAUCAAUCGAGUACUCCGGUUCAUGUAGGUGCAACUUGCCAAGGAUAA